UCGGUUCUGGCCCAGUCGUCCCUGGUGCAGCGGUGCCCCCGGGCCGGGCCGAGGCUCCGCGUCCGUGCGAAGAGAGGCGAGGAUCAGUUAAGUCUUUAAAAAUUACAACAUAAAAAUGGCUUCAAAAAGAGCUCUGGUCAUCCUGGCUAAAGGAACAGAGGAGAUGGAGACGGUCAUCCCUGUAGAUGUCAUGAGACGAGCUGGAAUUAAGGUCACCAUUGCAGGUCUGGCUGGAAAAGACCCGGUACAGUGUACCCGAGAUGUUGUCAUUUGUCCCGAUGCCAGUCUGGAAGAUGCAAAGAAAGAGGGACCGGACGACGUGGUGGUUCUGCCAGGGGGUAAUCUAGGCGCACAGAAUUUAUCUGAGUCACCUGCCGUGAAGGAGAUACUGAAGGAGCAAGAAGAGAGGAAGGGCCUCAUCGCCGCGAUCUGUGCAGGUCCUACGGCUCUGCUGGCUCAUGAAAUAGGUUUUGGAAGCAAAGUCACAACACACCCACUUGCUAAAGACAAAAUGAUGAAUGCAAGUCAUUACAGCUAUUCAGAGAACCGUGUGGAGAGGGAUGGCCUGGUCCUCACCAGCCGCGGGCCGGGAACCAGCUUCGAGUUCGCUCUGGUGAUUGUCGAGGCGCUGGCUGGCAAGGAGGUGGCCAACCAAGUGAAGGCCCCACUUGUUCUUAAAGAUGAGAGCAGAGGUUUGACAGUGGGUUAGAGAAGUAGGCCGUUUGUGAUCCAUCCUCACCG